UGUCUGAACUUAUGACUGUAUAUAAAGACAUCCUGUGCCAGUUUGAGUGUGUAGAGGAGCUUCCUGAUUCAACAGCAACAAAGAUCAUGGAGGUCACAUCUCAACCUGCAGCAUUCGCAUCCAGAGACUUUCACACGGGCUUAAUGAGCUGCUGUGAAGACAUGAGCAUAUGCUGUUGUGGCUAUUUCUGCCUCCCGUGUUUGGGCUGCUCAAUUGCUAAGGACAUGAAUGAGUGCUGCUGUUGUGGCUUAGGAAUGCCGAUCCGAAGUGUAUACCGAACUAAAUACAACAUACAAGGAUCCAUGUGUAAUGACUUUUGUGUUGGUUACUUCUGCAUGGCUUGUGCUGCUUGCCAAAUGAAGAGAGACAUUGACAUUAGGAAGAGUACUGGAGAAUUCUGAGGAAACUUUCUUACAUGGUGCAAAAGCGGUGAACAUACUGUAAUUGUUUUGUUUUUUUCCAAAAGGCAACUGAGAAAAAUGCUAUCUAGUAGUCUAUCUACAGCACACUACCAUGUAGUCCUUAAUUAUUGGGAAGUAAUCAAACUUUAUGACUUUGAAAGUAUAAAGUACAGGCUGUUGCUGACAUCAGACUGAAAACAGCCUUUGGACCACAGACAUCAUGCCACUCAAAAUGGGCAUUGCUCAAUGCCAUGCUUGCACUUCAUCAGAUUAUGCCAUGUUGGCUGUUGUGUGAAACUAUGAGUGACUGUAAGUUAAGAGUCUGUCCUUAGGAGAAUAUGGUAUAGUAAUUAUUUUGAUAAUUAAAUUGUAUCAUUUCUGACAAAAUGGUCUUUUAAUACAGUUAAAUUUACUGUAAUGUAUAUUCUUAGUACAGUUACAUCCACAUACAUUGUCUUGGUAAAUCUCACUAAAUUAUUAGAAAAGGCAUCAAGCAAACAAGUUGUAAAUAUAGUGUCAUAAAUCUGUAAAUGCCUUACUAUUGUAAAGUUACUCAAAACGUUUCAUAAAGCAUUCUAAUGUAACAAAUAAAAUACAUAAAGAAA